CAGUUGCAUUUUUCUGAUAGUUGCAAAAGACGCGUGUUCUUCUCUAAAGCAUAGGCUCUCAAUCCUUCUGUUUCUAUUUCCUACUAAUAAUUAACAUCAAUAAUUAUAAUGAUUGAUGGGGUAUCUUUUUCCUAUAAAAAUAUCUGCGCUUCAAUCUUCCCCGACUACACAAAUAAAGCAUUCACAUAUCUCUCCUUCAAUCUCUUUGCUCUUCUAUAUAUACAUGUAACCAUUUAAUUUCCUUUCUCUCAAGUGUGUUUAACAUUUACUCCUGUGUCUUUAGCUCCUCCAAACCCUUUUGAUAUCAAGUUCUGAAGCUUUCCUUUUCCUUACAAAUACAUCGGCAAGAAUUUAAAGCACCUAGUCUGGUGUGAGAUUGGGUAUUCAAGGAAGCAUAAAAUGGUGGACACUCAUAAUCUUAUGGCAAACAUUAACCAGCCGCUAGGUAUGGACUCGGACCCACCAUUCCACGAGACUUACAAGACCCUCUUUGCCAACUCCAUCAUCAAGUCCUCUCCAAGCAACGACGACCCUGGCGACACGGUCGAGGAACGGGAGCUUCCCUUGAUUGAUCUAAGCCGACUAGGCCUCGGCGGCGAGCUGGAGAGAGAAGGGUGCAAGAAAGAGAUAGCUAGGGCUGCGCACGAGUGGGGUUUUUUCCAGGUCAUAAAUCAUGGGAUUUCCAGGGACAUACUGGAGACGAUGAGAGAGGAGCAAGUGAAAGUUUUCAAGCAGCCUUUUCACAACAAGUUCAGGUGUUUCUCCGCUGGUAGCUACCGCUGGGGCACACCCACAGCUACUUCCCUCAGGCAGCUAUCAUGGUCCGAAGCUUUCCACAUUCCCAUGACCGAUAUCUCAACCCCUGGCGGCUUCGACACUACUCUCAGCUCACCAAUGGAACAGUUUGCUACGAAAGUUGCCAGUCUUGCUCAGGAACUGGCUGAAAUUUUGGCAGAGAAACUGGGUCACAAGUCGACUUUUUUCCAGGAAAAUUGUUUGCCCAGUACCUGCUAUCUCCGACUCAACAGAUACCCACCAUGCCCAAUUGCUUUAGAAAUGUUUGGUCUCAUGCCACACACUGAUAGCGACUUCCUCACCAUAUUGCACCAAGAUCAGGUCGGAGGAUUGCGGUUAGUGAAAGAUGGGAAAUGGAUUGCUGUCAAACCUAAUCCUGAAGCUUUAAUCAUCAACAUUGGAGAUUUAUUCCAGGCAUGGAGCAAUCUUUUUUACAAGAGUGUGCAGCAUUGUGUCGUCACGAACCCAUCAAAGGAAAGGUUUUCCGCCGCAUAUUUCCUUUGCCCAUCGUACGAGACUGUGAUAGAGAGUUGCAGCAAACCUUCGGUUUACAGGAAGUUUAGCUUCAGGGAAUAUAGACAGCAAGUGCAGGAGGAUGUUCAAAAAUAUGGGUACAAAGUAGGACUCCCCAGGUUUCUUGUAUAAAUAUAUAUAUAUUCACCAAGUAAAUAUUUGAUUGCAUAUCUCUUCUAGCUAGCUUAGGCCAAAUUUGUAUAAAAUUUGUGGCUCGAUCUUUCCCCCACCACCACCCCAACAAAAUGUUGUAUAAGUUUUUGUUUAAUUAGAAAAUUGAAUGCAAAUUGUGAUGGAAUUGGAAACAGAUAUAUCAAGUUACACACAUGAUCAUAAGCCAAACUUGAAGAGCAAGAACAAAUUUUGCAAUGCCCCAAACAAUGGAUUCUAUU